AUGUCAGCUCACUACGUAGGCCAGAUCGCACCCAACUACGUUCACUCCACCAUGCAGGCCAACAGCGACGAUGACUCGUUUACAUUCACCGUCGGCAAGCUCGAUGCCGGCAUGGCCAUCCUCAUUGGCGACAAGGCUUCCCUUAUUGAGUUUCCUUCGCUGCUUUUGCCAUCAGGCGUAUCCUCAGGAAGUGUCGUCAACAUCCGCGUAAUGCGCAACGACCAGCAAGAACGACGACAGAAGGACGAGUUCGACCAGUUGCAAGAAGACAUCCUUCACACCUUUGGUCAGCAGCCUCCCAAAGCCCCUGCACUGCGACUGCGAAACGUCACACAGACCUCCGUCACACUCGAAUGGGACCGCCUUUCGCUGGCAACAGCUACGCUGCUUUCACUGGACAUAUACAGAAAUGGCGAGAGGCUAGCUCCCAUCCCCAACCCACUCCACAACACCUCCACCAAGCUCUCCGGCCUCGACCUCAACGCCGAAUACACCUUCCACCUCGUGCUCAAGACGACCGCGGGCACGCUCACGUCGCCGCUCAUCAAGACGCGCACGCACACCAUCAGCGACACUUCGGGAAUCAGCGUCUGCUUUGGCCACGUCGCCGAGCCGGAGCUGCUCGAGGCGAGUAAGCAGGCGUUGACCAACAUGAAGGCAAAGUGGAGCGACCGGAUCCAGAUUGAUACGACGCACUACGUGUGUACGGAUCCGAGGAAUCCAGGGGCUCAAGAGGGCUCGCAGGGUGCUGGGUAUGCCAAGGCGAUGCAGCUGAGCAUUCCCGCUGUUCUGCCGCAUUGGAUCUUUGCCUGUCACGACCAGAAGAAGAUGGUGGGCAUUUCACCGUUUUAUUUGGACCAGGACCCGCCUAAUGCCAGCUCGAUCAAGAGGAGCGUGGAAGAGGUGCUCGGGAAGCAGGCGCCCGCAUCGUCAGCGACGGAGGCAGACACGUCCGGGUCGCCACCACCGCCCGUGGAGAAGGAGCCUUCGUCGGCAACCACCACCCAGGACGCACCGUUGAAAUCGACACCGUUCGCAGCGGACGACGUACCCCCGUCAAACAAGGAGUCGGUUGGUGUAGAGGAGGUGUCGAGCUCAGCACCACCGCCGCCGAUCAUCACGACGUCGGCGCCGUCCGAAGAUGGCGAUGCCGAACCGCAAAGCACCCCAGCGCCACCGCAAGUCGUCAUCACAUCGAGCGAGUCGUCCGACCGCAUCGCGGCAGCUGCAGAAGGCGAGAGCACGACGGAGGAUGCGGUAGAGCAGACGCAGACCACAGAAGGUGCAGAGGAGGAUGCGGAUGGCGAGAUGGACGAGGUCAGUCUAGGAGGGCCAAACGGGGAUGACGAGCAGGAGGAGGAGAGACGUUCGUAUUAA